CACCGCCCCACUGUCCCCGCUCCGCACCCCCGCGGCGCCGCUGAUUGGCCGCCUGUCCACCCUCAACCAAUAAGCAUGCGGCACCGCCCGUCACUGACCAAUGAAAUGGCUCCUCCGCUCCCCCUACCGCGGUUCCCGGUGUUGGUGACAGCCAAUGAGGCGGGUGGCGGGGAGGCUCGCGCCGCUUUCGCGGCAAAAAGGAUUUGGCGCGCAAAGAAGGCGCGCCGGAGCCGGUUGUACCGAACAAUACGGGCGGUGGGAGCGGUUCUCGCUGCCCUGUCAUGGGCCGUGACCCUACAAGCGCCUUCCCCGCCCCGCCGCCCGUCGCCCCGGUGGCCAUGUGAGCCAUGGCGGCGGCGGGCGGCGGCGCGGCGGGGCUGGCGGCGCUGCUGGGCAGCUCCUCCCCGCACCUCCUCAUCGUCUCCGCCGCCGCUGACGAUCCCGCGGGUGGCGGCGGAGGACACCCCGAUACCGACCAGGUCUUGCUCUUCGCUACACCGCAACCCGCCCAGCCUGGAGCCGCGCCUCGCCGGCCCGCGCUGGGCCGCCCGCCGGUGAAGAGGAAGCUGAACUUGGAGACGGAUCACCAGUACAUAGCGGAGAGCCUGCCAGUGGGCCGGGGCAAGCCCAGGAACCCCAUCAGAGGGGCAAAGUCUCCUGGGGAGAAGUCCCGCUACGAAACCUCGCUGAACCUCACCACCAAGCGCUUCCUGGAGCUGCUGAGCCAGUCCCCUGACGGCGUGGUGGACCUCAACUGGGCGGCCGAGGUCCUGAAGGUGCAGAAGAGGCGUAUCUACGACAUCACCAACGUCCUGGAGGGCAUCCAGCUCAUCACCAAGAAGUCCAAGAACAACAUCCAGUGGCUGGGCAGCCAGGCCGCGGUGGGCGCCCCGGGCCGGCACCGGCGGCUGGAGCAGGAGCUGCGGGAGCUGCAGGCGGCGGAGCGGCAGCUGGACGAGCUCAUCCAGACGUGCUCAGUGCAGCUGCGCCUGCUCACUGAGGACCCCGCCAACCAGCACGCAGCCUAUGUGACCUGCCAGGACCUCCGCAGCAUUGUGGACCCCUCGGAGCAAAUGGUGAUGGUUAUCAAAGCCCCCGCAGAGACCCAGCUGCAGGUUUCAGACCCAGCAGAGGCUUUCCAGGUAUCCUUGCGAAGCACUCAGGGCCCCAUCGAUGUCUUCCUCUGCCCCGAGGACAGCUCAGGUGUCUGCAGCCCUGUCAAGAGCCCCUUUAAAGCCCCUGCAGAGGAGUCAGCUCCCAGCCACCCGCAGCCCAGAGCCUCCCCUCUCCUGCAUCCUGCCCAGGACAUGCACUUGCCGCUGCUGCCCGGAGAGCAAGAAACGCUGCUGCCAGGGACCAGCAAGUGCCCUGCGGAGGGGCCGAGCCUCUCGCCAUUGGCCUCCAUGGACGUGCUGCUGGACCAGAGCAGGGAGGUCUUCCCGGAAUUCCUGGCGGACGAGUUCAUCAACCAGGAGCAGGACUAUCACUUCGGGCUGCAGGAGGGAGAGGGCAUCAGCGAGCUCUUUGACUGUGACUUUGAGGACUUCACACCCUUGGACUUCUGAGGGGAGCUGCAGGGUGCAGGGGGGAUCACCCUGAGCUCCCCCCGCCCCACAGCUCCUCUCCCCAUCCCUUUUUGCAACACUUUCUUCUUCGCCCUCCAGCCCCCCCAGCCCGGCGGGGGCCGGCAGCAUCCCUGGCUCCUGCCCUGCAAGGAGGAUGCCAGAGCGGGGGUACCAUCUCAGAGGACCCCCCCACAAGGUUCUUGGUGAUGGGGGUGCCCCCUCCGGUGCCCGUUAUCGAGCUUUAAGCAGUCCUGUGUAUAGAUUUGUUUAAUUUAUUAUUGUCCCCUAGGGACAGCAUUUAAUUUCCUGAGGGGGGGGGCCUGCAGCAGAGUGGGGGUGCCGGGAGGUGUUGUGUUGGGAAGUGGGUGGUGCAGAUGUGGGGUGCUGGGUUGGGGCUGUGUGCCCCCUGCACGGGGGGGCUCCCACAGCCUGGCUGAGUGUGGGGUAUUUAUUUAUUAUUUAUGGCAUGUGGGAGCAUUCCCAGGACAUGGGAGGGG